UUCAAAAUCCCAAAUUAGUUAACUUAAAAAUGUGGAUAAUGAUGGGGUUGCCUAUACAUAGAUAAAAUUUAGAGAUCAGUUUUUCCCUGUAUUGGACUUGAUACAUUCCUAUAUAUACAAGUCUACAUAUCUCAAAGCAAACAUAUCUGAAUUUUUCAGUUUUAUGAGAAUAAGCAAAGAUGCCGGGUUCCUGGAUUGGUAUUCUUCUCAUUGCUAGUUUAGGUUUGAUAGGUUCCUGCUCAGCAGCAGCAGCAGCAGCAGCAGCAGCAGCAGUUGAAUAUGAUUCUAGUGCUGUUAUCAUCAAUGGCCAAAGAAAAAUUAUUCUCUCAGGAUCAAUUCACUAUCCUCGUAGCACUGUUGAGAUGUGGUCAGAUUUGAUUCAGAAAGCAAAGGAAGGAGGACUUGAUACGAUUGAAACAUACAUUUUCUGGAACGCACACGAGCGUCGCCGUCGUGAGUAUAAUUUCACGGGCAACCUAGACUUUGUAAAGUUUUUCCAAAAAGUGCAAGAAGCAGGGCUAUAUGGCAUUCUCCGAAUUGGUCCUUAUGCCUGUGCUGAAUGGAACUACGGGGGCUUCCCUGUGUGGCUACACAAUAUUCCAGAAAUCAAAUUCAGGACAGACAAUGAGAUUUUCAAGAAUGAAAUGCAGACUUUUACAACCAAGAUUGUGAACAUGGCUAAAGAAGCGAAGCUUUUUGCAUCGCAAGGAGGACCUAUAAUUCUCGCACAGAUAGAGAACGAAUAUGGAAAUGUCAUGGGGCCUUACGGAGAAGCAGGGAAAUCAUACGUUCAGUGGUGCGCGCAAAUGGCUGUAGCCCAAAAUAUUGGUGUACCCUGGAUUAUGUGCCAGCAGAGCGAUUCUCCAUCAUCCGUGAUUAACACAUGCAAUGGAUUCUACUGCGAUACAUUUACACCAAACAGUCCAAAAAGUCCGAAAAUGUGGACUGAAAACUGGACUGGCUGGUACAAGAAAUGGGGCCAAAAAGAUCCACACAGGACUGCCGAAGAUUUAGCAUUUUCAGUGGCACGCUUUUUCCAGUACAAUGGAGUGUUGCAGAACUACUACAUGUAUUAUGGAGGAACCAACUUUGGACGCACGUCAGGAGGCCCAUUUAUCGCAACAUCUUACGACUAUGAUGCACCACUUGAUGAAUACGGAAAUUUAAACCAGCCCAAGUGGGGACACCUCAAAAACCUCCAUGCAGCACUCAAAUUGGGGGAGAAGAUUCUGACUAACAGCACAGUGAAAACAACAAAAUAUUCAGAUGGGUGGGUUGAGCUGACUACGUACACCAGCAACAUUGAUGGGGAGAGAUUGUGUUUCCUGAGCAACACAAAAAUGGAUGGUCUAGAUGUUGACUUGCAACAAGAUGGAAAGUACUUUGUGCCUGCUUGGUCUGUUAGUAUUCUUCAAGAUUGUAACAAGGAAACUUACAACACUGCAAAGGUUAACGUCCAAACCUCUUUGAUUGUAAAGAAAUUACAUGAGAAUGAUACACCUCUAAAACUCUCCUGGGAGUGGGCACCAGAGCCAACUAAAGCCCCCCUCCACGGACAAGGUGGUUUUAAAGCGACUCAGCUUCUUGAACAAAAGGCGGCAACAUAUGAUGAAAGUGACUACUUAUGGUACAUGACUAGCGUUGACAAUAAUGGGACAGCCUCGAAAAAUGUGACGUUGCGUGUGAAGUAUUCAGGGCAAUUCCUUCAUGCUUUUGUUAAUGGGAAGGAGAUAGGUUCCCAACAUGGUUACACUUUCACAUUCGAGAAACCUGCUUUGCUGAAGCCCGGGACAAACAUUAUUUCUUUGCUCAGUGCCACUGUUGGACUGCAGAACUAUGGUGAAUUUUUUGAUGAGGGACCUGAAGGCAUAGCAGGAGGUCCCGUUGAGUUGAUCGACAGCGGCAACACCACCACUGAUUUAUCAUCAAACGAGUGGAGUUAUAAGGUUGGAUUGAAUGGUGAGGGGGGACGAUUCUACGAUCCAACUUCAGGCCGUGCCAAAUGGGUCUCAGGUAAUCUUCGUGUGGGGAGAGCCAUGACCUGGUAUAAGACCACCUUCCAGGCUCCAUCAGGAACCGAACCUGUGGUGGUGGACUUGCAAGGUAUGGGCAAGGGUCAUGCCUGGGUGAAUGGGAAUAGUCUAGGUCGCUUCUGGCCAAUAUUGACUGCCGAUCCCAACGGAUGCGAUGGCAAAUGUGAUUACCGUGGACAAUAUAAGGAGGGCAAAUGCCUGUCAAAUUGUGGCAAUCCAACUCAAAGAUGGUAUCAUGUCCCAAGAUCAUUCCUCAACAAUGGCUCAAACACAUUGAUUUUGUUCGAGGAAAUCGGAGGAAACCCUUCAGAUGUUUCUUUCCAGAUUACGGCAACUGAAACAAUAUGCGGAAAUACAUAUGAAGGAACCACAUUAGAAUUAUCAUGCAACGGUGGACGAAGAAUCAUCUCAGAUAUCCAAUACGCCAGCUUUGGAGACCCGCAGGGAAGCAGCUGCGGCUCAUUCCAGAGAGGCAGCGUUGAGGCCAGUCGUAGCUUUUCUGCAGUUGAAAAGGCGUGCAUGGGAAAGGAGAGUUGUUCAAUAAACGUCUCAAAAGCAACAUUUGGAGUAGAAGAUAGCUUUGGCGUUGAUAAUAACAGGCUGGUUGUUCAAGCUGUAUGCACAUGAUACAAUGAGAGUCAUUGUUAAAAGAAUGAAAAUUGAUUACUGCAAUUGGGUUUUGCUAUCAAAGAUAAAAAUGAUUCUGUACACCAUGAACACAAGUCCUCAGAAACAGAAAUCUGUUUGAUGAUAUCUCUGUUUCUUUACGGCUUCAUGUUUUCAUGAGGAGAUUCACAUAUAUCUGUACUCAAGUCGUCAAUUAUUGUCUCCAGGUUUAUCAAACUCGAGAACUGUCAUUGACAUUUGACUGUACAAAGAUCGACAAUUUCGUACAUUUCAAUAGCAACCCUCUGGCAGAUCUUCCCUACA